UGUCUCCCGCUGGCCCGCCCUGGCCCGCCCCUGCGCGGCAUUUGUUGUCGCGGCCGAGAGGCCAGCCGAGCCCUCUCGGACUCAGGAAAGCAGGGCCGAGCAGCCGGCCGACCGGCGGCGGGGCAGCCAUGGAAGGCACGGCGCGGAGGCGGCAGCAUCCAGGAGCUGCGGGCGCGCAGCCGGGCGCCUCCUUCCUGCAAGCCAGGCACGGUCCCAUCAAAGCCGAUGAGGCCGCCGGCACUGCUCCCUUCCACCUCGACCUCUGGUUCUACUUCACUCUGCAGAACUGGGUUCUGGACUUUGGCCGUCCCAUUGCCAUGCUGGUGUUCCCUCUCGAAUGGUUUCCGCUCAACAAGCCGAGCGUGGGGGACUACUUCCACAUGGCCUACAACAUCAUCACGCCCUUUCUCCUGCUCAAGCUCAUCGAGAGAUCGCCCCGCACCUUGCCGCGCUCCGUGGUCUACGUCAGCAUCAUCACUUUCAUCAUGGGCGCCAGCAUCCACCUGGUGGGCGACUCCGUGAACCACCGCCUGCUCUUCAGUGGCUACCAGCACCACCUGUCAGUCCGUGAGAACCCCAUUAUCAAGAAUCUCAAGCCGGAGACGCUGAUCGACUCCUUCGAGCUGCUUUACUACUAUGACGAGUACCUGGGCCACUCCAUGUGGUACGUCCCCUUCUUCCUCAUCCUCUUCAUGUACUUCAGCGGCUGUUUCACUCCCACCGAAGCUGAGAGCUCACUGCCAGGGGCGGCCCUUCUCUUGGUGGUGCCCAGUGGCCUGUACUACUGGUACCUGGUCACCGAGGGCCAGAUCUUCAUCCUCUUCAUCUUCACCUUCUUCGCCAUGCUGGCCCUCGUCCUGCACCAGAAGCGCAAGCGCCUCUUCCUGGACAGCAACGGCCUCUUCCUCUUCUACUCCUUCGCCCUCACUCUCCUGCUUGUGGCCAUGUGGGUCACCUGGCUGUGGAAUGACCCUGUGCUCAGGAAGAAGUACCCAGGCGUCAUCUACGUCCCUGAGCCCUGGGCCUUCUACACCCUCCACGUCAGCAGCCGACACUGAGUCCCUGGCAUCGGCCACUGGUGCUCUUUUGGCAGGAGAUGGGCCGCAGAGGGAGUCUGAGCAGGGGAGUGUAUGUGUGGUGCGCAUGUGUGUGUCCACCCACCUGUGCAUAACCGUGACUGAGAACAUGAGUGGGAGUGUGCAUUGUGUACAUGGAUAGGUAUGUGUGUGUGUGUGUAUGCAUGCAUGUAUGGAGUGUGUCGUUAGGAGACUUGAUUGUUUCAGUCAAGCUUCUGUUUGGUUUGGAUUUUUCCGGGGUGGAAUUUAGUUUCAGGCAGUGUGUCCAGGUCAAGACAUGAGCCCUGCCUCCCUGUGAACCUGGCGAGAGUCGGGGCCCCCCUCUCUCUCACUGCUCAGGGCUGAUCCCAUCUUCCUGUGAAGCCUCUGCUGCUACCCCUGCAGGGAGGCCUGGGUGCGGCCAUGCAGAGGGGAUUUGGUGUGUCACCACUCCCCCCCCACCCCGGCCCACUCCUCAGACCCACCCUGACCCUGGAACCAGAUUACAUACAUUACAUGAACUUUCCGUGUAUUACUGAGCAAAGCAUGUCCCUUCUCUGGGUUUCAUUUGCACUGGAAGAGCGCAGGGUCCCAGAGUGGGCUGGUGGCUAGUUGCGGUCUCCUCUUGCAUCAGCCUGGGAAUGGCAAGAAGUUUUAUACCAUCACUGUCCUCGUACCCUGAAAGGGGUAUGUGCACCCCAGACCCUCACCCCACCUCAGGUUACGUGAGGUGCUGAGCUACUCACCCCCAAGGAUGCAUCCACCCCAGUUGGGGUAUGCACCCCAGCCCACCCCCCAACCACCGGCCUGAUGUUGGGGGUCUGGCAGUGGUAGCUCCCCCACCAGCUCCCUCUGCCAGAAGCUCUGCCUCCAUCCUCUCCCUCCAGGGGAGCUGUGGCACCACUUCCUGUCAGCCCAACUGCAGGUUUCGGAGCUGCAGCUGAUGGCAGAGUUCUCGAACACUCGCACUAUUCCGUGAACCGUGUGAAGGGGAGGUGUUGAGGCUCUCUACAGUUGGCCUUGUCUGAGCCUGGAUCUCAAGCCUUCUGCCAGGGCCCUGCUCCCAGAAAAGGGUCCUCGUUCCCAUCAGGACACCCCAACCCCGCUUCCCCCAGGCACUGCACACAGGUCUGCAACAGCCGCAGGGAUCGCAGCCACAUUCCCAGCAGCCUUGGCCCACGUGUGCUUGUGGGUGUCGGGGCCCGUCUUGCUUUCCCCGGGUUCUCAGGGAGCCCCGUGCCUCAGAUUCUCCUUUCAUGUUGGGGGCCCUCUGCUGCCCCCUUACAGGUUCCCAGCCUCUGGUCAGUCCCUGUCUGCGGGCAGCAUCAGUGGUGAGAGGUGUGAAUAAAGGCAGUGUGAACUGGGGAAGCUGGAGGAGGGGGUCCCUGGAACAGGGGAGGGAGUGGCUGGUCUGGGGCCCGGGCAGGAGUGCUGGGCGGACCCCAAGGGCCCACUCAGUCGGACCUGGCUGCAAGUGGGUGCUGCCACUGGCCCUCCAUGCCACUUUGUAGGGUCCCUGGGUUGGGGAGCGGUGGGAGCAAAAAGGGCCUGGGUCAGGCCCAGCCCCCUUCAGAGGGGAGGGGCAGGAGGGAGUGUCUCCAGGCUGCCCCUCAGAGAUGCCCCAGCCCAGUCCAGAGGCUGAAGCAGAGAAAGCCCCCUCCAUGGGGGGCCAAGUUUGUUGGAGGUUGGUACUUAGCCUUGGGUCAAACACUUAUCUCUAGGGGCCUCAGCUCUUGAUCUUCAAAGGUCCCAGCGUCUCCAGGCAGGUGGGCAGGCAGGCCCGGAACUCCCUGGGCUGCUCUUAGCACGGGAGGGGCCUUUCUGCACCCUUGAGCCCCAGUGCCCUACAUGCCCGGCAGCCUCGUUUGGCUCCCUCCCCAUCUCCGGGACACUGCCCCUCCAACCUCUCUGGGGCCUAGUCACAGACGGACACGACAGGGACCCUCUGAGCAGGCUGGGGCCCGGCUGUGUGGGGGCCCAACACUUGGACAAGGUGAGGGGCCCUUGAGAACAAAACAGGAGGAAAAACUGGGUAGAAGGGAUGAGAGUGAAUACCGUUGGCCCUUAUACAGCAUGGGGGUUAGAGGUGCUGACCCCUGCAGAUCCCUAAUCCUGCAUGUAACUUUUAUUUUUAAUCCUCACUGGAGGACAUGCCUAAUGAUUUAUAGAGAAGGGGAGGAGGGGAGGGAGAGAAACAUCGAUGUGAGAGAAAUAUCAAUUAGCUGCCUCUCGGAUGCUCCCCAACCAGGACCAAACCCACAACCCAGGCGUGUGCCCUGACCGGGAAUCGAACCAGUGGCCUUUCAGUACAACAUCCAACCCACUGAUCCACACCGGCCAGGCCCACAUACCUUUGACUCCCCUCAACCUUCACUGCAGUCAGUCCUUACAUCCUUGGGCUUCACAUCCGUGGAUCCAAAGAGUAUUUCACUGACCACUACUACCCUGCUGUCCACCAGAAGCCCAUUUAAUAACUGGUAUUUUCUGUUAUAUGUAUCAUAUACUGUAUUCUUACAAUAAAGUAAACUAGAGAAAA